UUUCUUAAUUCCCAAGGAAAAAAGCAGCUAUAAACCAGAGAAAGUGAGGGAAGAAAUUCAGAUCAAGAUUAACCAUGUAUGUGACAAGGCCUCUUUCCAUGUACAGGAAAUCUCCUAGCAGCCUUGAAAUAAAGCCUCCUGAUGCUCCAUAUUCAGGCUAUUUGGUCGUCACAGACGAAGAAGCAGACGCCGAGGACACACUUUGUUGGAGUUCAUGUUGCGGUUUUUGCAAGCGCAAGAGCGUUAAGAAGCUACCCUUUGCUCAGGACAAGAUUCUGACCAUUGUUUACACUUCGGAUAAGCACCGUGAAACAACGUCAACCAAUGUUUGGUUCAUCCCAGUUCCGAAUCAGCCUCUCUCUUCCAACUGCUACUUUGUCAUCAGAGCAAAAGGCAGGCACAAAGGGAAAGCAUGCACAUGCUCAAGAGAAGGUGACAUGAUGAAAUGUUGCUUCAGGGACUUCUUGAGGGACAAAAAGCCAAAGCCUCUAAAUCUCAGAGACGUGUACCAACAAGUCAGGAUAUACCGCCACCACAGCGGCGGCUUUUUCGCAAAGUCAGUAGCUCCCGACAGCCUUCCUCCCAAGUUCCUUCGGAGAAAAGGAUGGACAGUCCGCUGCUCGAGCCUCAACCGCCUGCAACUAAGCGAAGCCUUAGGCCUCGACGCCCCUCUCCGAGCACGCCUUCCUGACUUCAACUUCCCCAUCUUCAACGUCCGCUCGCCUUCCACCCUCAUCGGGAAAUGGCACUGUCCAUUUCCCUUUGUGAGGGAGAGAGGUAUGGGAGUGAAGAGGCAGAUGAGGAAGUCCAUUUUCUACACCAUGACACUUGAGCAAUGGUGGGAAGAGAUCUUCUCAUGUGGGAAUAUCAAUGUUGAUAGUAAUAGUAGUAGUAGUACCAACAACAAUAGGCAAUCAACAUUAGGGAAUAACAACAACAAUAAUAAUGUUGUGAAUGUGAAUAAAGGUGUGCAAAGGGAAGUGUAUUUGGUGGGUGGAAUGGAAGGAGUGAGGGAUGAUAGAAGUGGGUUUAGUUGGUUCAAAGUGUACAAUCCAAAUGGGAGGAGAGGAGUGAUGAGUGUUGGAUUGAGUUCCGCCAUUGUUGAGCACAUGAGGUGGGUGUUGGAGGAAGGAGGGUGGGUUGAUGGGGAAGAGAGGGACAAGGAAGUGAGGGUUGAGAGGGUUGAAGAGAAUAGGAGUGAAAAUGGGUGGAGGAGAUUUGGGUGUUAUGUGUUUGUGGAGAGCUUUCUUUUGAGGAGACUUGAUGGGAGUUUGGUGUUGAAAUGCUCCUUUAGGCACACCCAAAGGAUCAAAUGCAAAUGGGAAUAAGGCCGCUUUUGAAGUAAAUAUGCAUGUAAUAAGACAAUUUUAAAAAAUGUCCUU